AUGGCAACCACGUCUCCUCAUGAUAGCUCUAUGAAAAAUGAUACCGACCAUGUCGAGUACCUGGGGGACCCUGAGAAGUCUUCGUCUGCCCCACAAUAUGAUAGAUUUGGCUCCUUCGCUAAGGUCAACCCCAAGGAGAUUGCUUUAGUGAGGAAGAUUGAUCUCUACAUGAUGCCGAUCCUUUGGCUAAUGUACUUCCUGAAUUUUCUUGACCGCAAUGCCAUGGUAAAUGGCAAGCUCAGCAGUCUCUCUGAAGACCUAAAAUUAAAGGGGACGGAGUAUAAUACAUGUAUUAGCAUUCUCUUUGUUGGAUACCUUCUUGGCCAAGUACCUUCCAACAUGCUUCUCAAUCGAAUCCGGCCUUCCUGGUUUAUGGCCGGGUUUAUGAUGGCCUGGGCAAUUGUCUCUACUCUCACAUGUCUGGUCAAAGACUACCACAGCAUGCUCGUAUGUAGACUUCUGCUCGGCUUCGUCGAAGCACCAUUCUACCCUGGAGCGCUUUUCAUGAUAUCUUUGUUCUACACUCGCAAAGAGGCGACCACUCGCAUGGCUAUUCUUUAUACUGGCAACAUGCUCGCCAGCGCCUUUUCAGGCCUGAUAGCCGCCGGCGUAUUUGCUGGUCUUGAUAAGAAACACGGCCUUGCAGGGUGGCAGUGGCUUUUUCUCAUCCAGGGGGUAAUAACUGUCGGGGUCGCUCUUGUCGCCUUCUUCCUACUCCCAAACGCACCCCGCUCGACGGCAUGGCUCACCCCUGAGGAGCGACAACUUGCUGAUGAGCGGAUCAAACGAGACACUACGCAGAGGGAAGAAGGCACCAGCACGUGGGUUGGCCUCCGCGAAGCCUGUAUGGAUUACCGCACAUGGAUCUUUGCCUUGAUGUGCAAUUUACAUCUGUCGGCGAACGGGUUCAAGAACUUCAUGCCGACCGUGGUGAAAACUCUUGGCUUCAAUUCCACGAUAACACUGGUUCUCACCUGCCCUCCAUAUCUCGUCGCUACGUUCACGUCCGUCGCAGUGUCAUGGUCCUCGGGACACUUCAACGAACGUACUUGGCAUGUUACCGUUUCGAAAGCCCUCGCGAUUAUUGGUUUCGCGGUUGCCUGCGGGACCCUGAAUAUUGGUGCGCGGUAUUUCGCCAUGAUCCUAUUUGUGGGUGCCACCUAUGGGGUGAAUAAUAUCAACAUCGCAUGGACUGCUGCGACGCUGGGUCAAACCGAUGAGAAGAAGGCAGUCGCAAUUGCCAUUACCAAUACAUUGGGUAAUUUGGCCAGUGUCUACACGCCUUACCUUUGGCCUGACAGUGACGCUCCACGUGAUCUUUGCUACAGUACUACAUAUUGUGUCAACUCGUUGGACUUGAGUAACUCAGUUGCGAGUUAG